CGAAAGCACCCAUGGUGAUACUUUUAAUUUCCCUUCGUAUUCGGCGGGGGGUCGGGAAUGCGAGCGUCGAUAAUGUUGCCGACGCGCCGUGUGUCCCCCACGUAGUACGCGAGUUGGCGGCGCCGCUGUCGGUAUCGAUACAAGUGCUUGCGAUUCUCGAAGUGUGAGGCGCUUGAAUAUUUCCGCGGCAGCGAGGCUUUCGCGAGUCGCGUGCGUCGCGACCGGGCAACGUAAUAUCAGGGUAAUCCCCGCGCGGGCCUUUGCCAUCCGCCUCUGCGAGACGUUUCCAUCCACGAGGGGCAGACACACGCGCCAGAUGUGCAUACUCGUACGUCUCUGUGCGCAGGUAACGCAGGAGUGAUGUAUGUAUAUGUAGGGGCGUGAUUCACGUACGACUUGUAAGACGAAUCUGUCGGUCGUAAUCGCAUCAUGGAGGGAGCGAGAGAGAUCGGGGCCUUAAUGGCCGCUUGACUUUGCAAUUUAAUCUCUGUGUUAUCCCUUUCCUACCGGGCUUGCCGGCGUAGACGUACGGUAGCUCUGUAGCGUUGACACGCGUUUUGCCUCGCUUAUUAUAAACCCUCGAUGUAUCGUUCGCCAGGUCGACCUGUAUCGUGUCUGGGAAGCGCUUUCGCGGAUAACGCGUGGCUGCAAAGUGAUAAGGGACGUGUAACGGCGCCUCUUGAGAAGGCCGAGAGAGCGACGAGGGUGUUGUGCCCCCUUGGACGCUCGAAGGAUUUUAUUGCUAUUGACACAGGGAAGAGAUUUGUGAAAACUGGUUUUUCGUAAGGCAUUUGGGCACCUACCGUAUGUAUUACUAGUUAAUCGGACAUGGCGAAGGGAAAAGACCGGAAAAGCGCAGCGGCGAGCAAUAAAGACAAGUUAAAAGCGUUGCGAGACCUUCCUGCGUGUGAGAUCAAAUUGCAUAACAUUGCUUUAGAUAAAUGUAUAGUUCAGCGUUACCGAUUGUGUCUCUCGGAAGAGAAAAGAAAGGACUUAGAACAUUUGUCGCCGUGUAUUAAUGCAACUAAAAAUUCUUCUAAUGUACGGACGUUAAAGGACAGUUCACGAGAAGAUAAUGCAGUAGAUAAUGAUAUUCGUGUAACAAGAAGUUCGAGCAAAUUAAGUGAAAAGAACGGCAAAGGAUGUAAAAGUCGUAGAUUUUUAAAUGACGUGUCGGCCGAUUGGUGUCCUAAAGUAAUUCAAACUGGAUUUGUAACGCAGGAACAGCAAUUAAAGUGUGAUACUAGUGUUAAGUCACUUUCAAGUAAAAGUUAUGACGACGCGUCUAGCGUAUCCUGCGGCCCGUACUUUGGUACGUGCACCCAAAAGAAGACCAAGAGUCAGAGGCGACGCUGUUCUACAUCACGGAGAGCGCCAGUGAAAAAUGGAAAGCUGUACUUCGAAUCAAGCACAAGUGUGGACUCGGUUAAAAUCAGCACGGAAGAUGACAGUUGUUUGAGUGAAAAGAUUUUAACCAUUACUGAUUAUACUAGCAAGAUGCAAGAGAUAUCCAAUGACAGUACUCCAGAGGAGAUUCCCCAAAAAAAGUCUGAUGCGGAAUAUUCCUCCAUCAAAGAGAAUAACGCGCAUACGGCUGCUGCUACCAAAAGGACUGUUUGCAUACUGAAAUUGGAACAGUGUAACAAGACUCAAAGCUUGAAAGGUAUAUUGAGCUCAAAUAUAAUUAACACGGAUGUGGAGAAUGAAAUUCCUGAAAAAUCUCAAGAUAUCAAGACAAAUUUGAAAUCUAAGGACGCGAAUCUUUCCGACAAACUUUUGACUACGUAUAAUAAUGGAAGUCGGAAGCGAAAGUGUACGCGAACGAUAUCAAGCACAAGUUUUAGUACAGAUAGCACUGAACAGGCAGCUGAUGUUUCAGAACCAUUCGGUCUGAAGCCUAUCCAUGAAACAUGCGAGAUAGAUACAAAUCCACGCGAGAAACGUAUGAGAACAAGAUCAAGUGAUUCAUCUCUUGCUACAGAUAGUACUGUACUGAUCCAUCAAACAUGUAAUAACAUGAGUAAAAACCAAGCUCAAAACUGUCUGAGGAUAUUAAGCGACACAGAUAGUACUGUACAGGCAACAGAUUCUACAGAAUCACUCAUUGUGAAACCUACCCCUCAAACAGUGUCCAAAACUUGUCCUAACAUUGUUCCCGUUACUGUUGCUCUUACUAAAUUACAAUGUGAGAGUAAGACAAGUGAAACAACGAAAAAAAAACUACCCAAAAUAACUGAAGACCAUGUUUUACCGAAAGGUACAGUAAAAUUUGUGAAAGUAAGAGCGAAUAACAGAAGUUCACAGAAUAGACUUUCUAAGCAGGGACAAAAUAGAUGUAAUGGUAUUAAUAGCAACGUGAAGCAAGUUUCGUGCGUUGAAAAUACAUUUAAAUCCGCAAACACUUCAAAAAAUUCACUUCUCACAGAAAAAGUAUCUCCUACACCUGAAAUAAACGGAUCAUUUAGCAUUAAUUUGAAAAAUCAAAGCAUAAAUAAUAAAUUGCAUCAUAAAUACGAUUCUUCGAUGAGCUCUUCGGUGGAAACGAUGGAAACGAGAAAUAGCAUUCAUAACAAUGUAAACGCUUGCGAGACCGAUAGUGAUACAACAUAUGAAGACUGUACUUUGAACCACCAAAAGCAAUCGAAUAAAUUAGACGGGCGUGAAAGUAAAAUAUUACAAAGUGAUAAAACAUGUAAUAAAAUAAAUUCUGAUAAGAGCAUUUUAAACGAAAGCUCUUCAGGUUUUAUGGACAUAAGUGAAAACUGGGAUAUCAACAGAUCAUUAAUACUUGUUAACAAAGAAGCCGUUACAAAACAAAACGGAGAGCAUAUCGAAAUAAGUACUACAAGUAGUACAAAGAAGAAAUUAAACAGAACCAAUUGGAUGCAGAAGAUUGUAACAUCAGAUACCAAAUCAUUCAAUCGUCAACAAUUUAAUGGUUCUUCAAAUAUCGAUACAAUGGUAACAGUAAAAUCAAAUUUAGCCGAAGAAAAUAAUUCCAACGGGCAACUAAUAGACUUGCGUAAAUGUUUGAACCAAAAAAGAGCACAACAAUUUUCCAAACUAUCAACAUCUGAGGAUAAGCUUAAUAAUAAAGCUGUAGAAUCUGAGCAAGUGCAUUUGGAUGAUGAAAUUACUUUAACAAAUACGGUGACAACUGAUAAAUUUCAUAAAGAGUUCUCUUUCAAAGAACCAGCUUCUAGUAAAACUUUGUAUAGGGAGAAAGAUAUUCAAACAGAUGAGUGUAACAAUGGUAGCAUAUUGCAAAGUACACCGAAAGAAACGCGACAUAUCAACCAAAUAGAUAGAGAUAUUCAUGAAGAUACUAAUGCGCAAAAGAAGUUUGAAACUAGCGAGGAUAAAGAUGAUUAUGGUGAUUGCAUUUCUCUGUUUGCAGAAUCAUUUGAUACAAAUUUCGAUGAAAGUACAAUUUUAAGUGUACAAAAUAAACCGAACAAAUCUCUAUCUCUACACUUUGAUGAACCAUAUGAGAUGACUGUUAACAGUUUUGAUAAAUAUGUAAAACAGAAUGAAACUGAAUUUAAUAAAGAAUAUGCCAAAUUUGAAGAAAAUAUAAAACUCUCAAAUAGAACUGGUGAAACAAAAAAAGAACUCUACAGUCAAUCACGACAGGCUAUACGUACAAAUAAUGUGCCUGAAACUGAAACUGUAUCAAAAGUACCACCUGAAGCCAAAAACACAGGAAUAUUACAAAAUCAAAGGUUACGAAAUACCAGCAACUUUAAUAUUAGAUCCCAUCUCUAUGGAUAUUGUUUCCAAACCUUGAUGAAGGGUUACUGUGUGAGGCAACAAUGUAGAUAUAACCACGAAUUCCAGGAUCUUAUUACUACGGUUGGCUCGGGAAAUUUUACAGCAAUACUAGGUCUAAUAAAGGGUGCAUUAGAUUUUAACUAUAUUUUUUUUUGCACAAAGUUGUACAAAGCAUUACUAAGGAAAUUAACCACUGAGCAGAUUUUAACAAUAUACCAAGUGAUUUACUAUUCAAAGGCUGAAUUACCCAACUUUUUAAAGGACAUCGGGCAAUAUACUAUUGAGGAGUUAUUGAAUAGACAAAUACCUGUAAAAACAGUUGUAAAUCGUUGGAUAGAAUGCAUUCCAUCUCCAAAUUCAAACGAUCUUAUGAACAUGUUAAAAAGCAUCGAAAAACACAUCAAAUGUGGUGAAUAUUGGAAUACUGUAAGAACUUUAGUUUUGAAAUUGCCACUUGAAUAUGGAUGUUAUAUGGAUGUUAUGAAGAAGAUAUUAACUGAAUGCAUAGAGAAUGAAAACUUGACUGAUAUUCAAGAUGUUAACGAUAACUUGAUAAGUAAACUUCCUCAUUAUUUUAAGUCAAAAUUGGGCAAAGAUUUAGAACGCUUUAAAAGUUUAUUGGCUGAGAAAACUGCAAGAAAAAACAAUCCUCGUCCUGCGUUAUUAAUUCAAGACUGUCGAGAAAAGUUAUCGGAAACUAUUGCUUCUCCUGAUGGAAAUUCAAAUUUAUCACAGAUAGAAUCUCCACAGAGCAGUAGUAGUUUUAUAGAUAAAAGUACAAAUGGAAAUAAGGAAACCAAAGAGAACGGAGAAGCUUAUAUACUACGACCUAUCGAUAAUUUACCUGAGCCCCGAUCCGCUUACAGAAAUCAUAUCAAUCACUGGAAAUUUUUUGUGGAUUUAGAGGGAUUUAAAAAAGGACUUUUACAUCAUGAUUACGAUUAUGUUAUUAAUAUGUUAAAGAGUUAUGCAGAAAAGCAAGAUGAUACUCCGUUAUAUACUCGCUCUUGUUGUAAGAAACUUCAAACAGAGAUAAAGCGUUCAGAGUACCACUUAGCAAACGUCAUACGUCGUACAGUCCAAGUGGGUAUCGUUGACAUUCUAGGUAAAAUGUCCUGUGAGAUAACAGACAUUUUGAUCAAUUUAGGGGUCAAGGAAGCCUGGGGGCGUGCACUAUUAUUGAUUCAAUUACUUGAUGUGUAUAAUUUAUCGUAUAAUGCCACGUAUUACUUACUCUCGGCUGAAAUUUACUUAGCUAACGAAAAGGCUAUAAAAGCAUACGAUGUACUUAAAUGCCAAAAUAUUAUAUGCACUAGUCGCGAUAAGUGGUAUGUUCAAAGUACUAUUGACGAUGAGCGUGUACGGAGCAAAAUAAUGUGCAUUUUAUUGGAUUCGUUUUGUAAUGAACUUGUUGAACACGCCUUCUUCCUUUUCCAAUUUUUACUUAAAGAUCAAAGCAGUCAGUAUUACCCAAUAGAUUUAUCUCGUUACGUGGGCAAAUUAAUAGUAUUAUUUUUGUUAAAAAAAGACACAGAUUUAAUCAUAGAGAUGGCUAAUUUAGUACUUAAAUAUACUUUUGCGUUGAGUACAACAGUGUGUCGCGCACUAACUUCAACAUUAGUUCACCUGGACGAGAAUCUUGCCAGGCAAAUUUAUAAUUAUGCAGAAGGCAUUGGUGUCUACCCACAAAUGAAGUUGUGGCCAGUAACAUAUAUUAUUAUAAAAAAUGAUUUGACAGAGGAAGAGAUAUAUCUUACAUUUCUGCAGUUGUUAAAAAAUCUUCUAGUAAAUUUUGGACAUGCGAUUGAGUUUGCUAAACAAAUCAAAGUAUACCUUAUCCUGGAGAUAGAAUCGACUAGCAAACGGUUCCAUUGCGCAGAAUUAAAGAAUUAUAAUAAUAAUAAAGCUAUUAUGAGUUUGAGAGCAUUAAUCAGAGAUGUUUUAAAGAAACGAUUUGACCCACCUAUAUUAUUACAGUCAGGUGGUAAAGACAGAAUAUAUCGAUUACAAAGCAAAAGUCUUAUAAAUUAUUUAAAAGCUGAACAUUGUUGAUAUCAUACUUUUUACUCAGGUGACGGUGCAUUAUAUGUGCGAACAAAACAUACAGUCUUAAAAUUUGAGAACAACUUUUAUUUUAUAAUGCCAAGCAUAUUUAUGUUUUUACUUAAUUUAGUUUGGUUAGAAGUUAAAACAAUUUUAAUGAACUUUAAUAGAUGACUAAACCAACUUUAGACUUUCAUAAAAAAUAUUUCCAUGUGAUUUAACCUUUAUUCAGAUUUUUUUAUAUAAUUUCUACAUUACGUUACACGGCAUUUAAAAAGUUUCUAAAGAGAGACACAACAAAUAUGUAUGUUGAUUAAUUUUUAUAUCAUAGACAUUUAUAGUUUUGUAUCUUUUAAGACGCGUAUAUGUUAUUACAAAUCAAUCUUAUAUAAUCUUAUAUAAUCAAUCUUAUAUAAACUUGGGAUUAUUUACUUUGGGUGUAUAAAAUUAUGUGUAUGUAUAAAAUAAACAAAGGUUAUUUAGUGAGAAAAUUAAUUUAAAAAACUG